AUGGUGCCCGAUACCCCAGUAGGAAAAGCAGAGGCCCGAGACCUACCGUCGAUCGGCACCCUUCACGCCCGAGCCUUUCACUCAACAAGGGAAUGGCACCGCAGGGUCUUCCCUCGCUCCAUCGCUCCAUGGUGGGAAGAAAAAUACGCGCGGGACAUUAACGACCCUGAUUGCUACGUUUUGAAGGUCUCAUGCCCGGACUCGUCAACGUCGGUCUUAGGGCUGCUCUGCCUACGCAAGUACAAAGCCGAUGAGAAAGGAGCUGGACAAUGGUCCUCUUUGCACCCCCCACCACAGGUUGACAAGGAGGCUUACGACGCCUUAUUGACGUCCAUGGUUGAGAAUCGUGAGAGGUUCAUGCUCGGACGAUCGCAUCUUUGUGUGGAUCAUUUUGGGGUCGACGCCGAAUAUCAAGGGCGUGGCCUGGGGAAGUUACUUCUGGCAAGCGCCUGCGAGAUUGCAGACAGAGAGGAACUGGAUAUGUUUGUCCAAGCCAACGAGUUUGCAGAAAGCUUCUACCAGCGAUUUGGAUUCAAGACCGAGCAGAAACUCGAGAUGCCCGGUGGGCUGACAGAAUGCUUUCUUACCCGACCAUGUAGAUGA